AUGUUAAGAAGUGAAAAAAUGUCUUUGCACUGCUUGCUCAUGCCAAGAGAAAGCGCAUGGGAGGUAUUGAAUGAUCUUGGAACUCUAGACAAGGUGCAUUUUGUAGAUUGCGAAGAAGAUGUUCCUUAGUUUAAUAGACCUUUCUAUUAACAAGUUCGUAGAUGUGAUGAGUCUCUAUAAAAGCUAUUGUGGAUAGAAAAUGAAAUGCAAAAGUUUUAUAAUUUCUACAAUCAAGUUAUAAAGUCUAAUAACUAAGUAAAUAUUGAUUACUGCGGAGAUCUCGCUUCUUUCCAUGAAUAUUUAAAGAAAGAUGUUGAGUCCAGACGCAUCAAUGAAUAGGCAUACUUUUUAUAAAUUGAAAACGAAAUAAAUUAAAAACACAAAUUUUUAGAAUAGUUAAUUCAUAACUUCAAUUCUGUUAUCACUUAUCGUAAUUAGCUAGUCGAAAAAAAGCAUGUUUUAACUGAGGCUUCUAGAGUUCUUAAUGUUAACCAACUGAAUCAAGAUAAUCAAAUUCCUAAUCCUGACAGAGUUUCUCUUAACUUUUUAGCAGGCGUUAUAAAUGCAGAUGAUGAAGUCAGAUUUCACAAGAGUGCUUUUAGAGUUUCUCGUGGUAAUAUCUGGAAACAUUUCAAAUAAAUUGAUAAAUCAAUGCAGAGAGAUGGGUAUAAGCUAUUGAAUAUUAAGGGAUAGAGAGAUCAUGAUACUUCAGAAUUAACUGAUCCUUACAAUUCAGUUUAAAAGACAAUUUUUAUUUUGGCUUAUGCUUCAGGCCAAAACAGCUCACUUGAUAGAAAGCUUAGAAGAAUUUGCGAAGGCUUCCAUGCUGAUGUUUUCAAUAUUCAAUAUUCUAAUAUCUCAAAAGAUUUAAAAGAAACUGAAGAAUAGAUUAGAAAUUAGAAUUUAACUGUUCAACUUUCUGAAAAGAGUAUUAAUGAGUACUUCGACUUCUACCAAAAGUCAAUUAAGCUAUAGAGUGGGGAUCAAGUUGUUGACGUUUGCAGCUACAUAGAAUAUGUGCGUCUCUUCUUGCAUAAAGAAAAAACAAUUUAACAUAAUUUAAAUUACUUAGUUUAAAGCAGCCAAACAUUCUGCAAAGGAUUAAUUUGGGUUCCAGAGGAAGACGAAGGCAUUGUACAAAGAAGAGUUGAGUAAUUAACACAAAAAAAGUCAAACUCUGUUUAAGUUGCCUAACUUUAUAAACUGUCAAAUUAUACAAUUGACCCACCUACUAAAUUUAAAAGCAAUGAUUUUACUAUCCCUUUCUAAGAAAUAGUCAAUACUUAUGGUAUUCCUAGAUAUAGAGAAAUAAAUCCUGCUCUCUUUGCUAUCUCCACAUUCCCUUAUUUGUUCGGUAUGAUGUUUGGUGAUAUUGGUCAUGGUGCUCUUUUAUUCACUAUCGGACUUUAUUUGAUGAGUUGCAAAAUAGACCCAAAGAGACCUUCAGCUAUGGACGGUCUUGUUUAAGCAAGAUACUUAAUUACUUUAAUGGGACUAUUUGCUCUUUACAAUGGUUUAAUAUACAAUGAUUUCAUGAGUCUUCCUUUGAAUCUAUUUGGUAGUUGCUACUUGUUGGCUGAUAAAAAUGUUGUUCUUACUCAUAAAACAUCUAAGCAGUGCGUUUACCCUUUUGGUAUUGAUCCAGUUUGGGGUGUUGCUAAAAAUAAAUUAUCAGUAUACAACUCACUUAAGAUGAAAACCAGUGUUGUAUUUGGUGUCUUCUAGAUGCUUAUUGGUAUUUUCUUGAAAGGUCUUAAUGCUAUUAAUAACAUUUCAUUUGUUGAUUUCUUCUUUGAAUUUAUUCCUUAAGUAGUUUUUAUGUGUUGCACUUUUGGUUACAUGGUUUUCUUGAUUUUUAUGAAAUGGAUGACUGAUUACUCACAAAAUACAUCAAAAGCUCCUUCUAUUUUGACCUACAUGCUUGAUUUAGGUCUUUCUGGUGGUGGAGUAGGUCAUCAAUAAGAGCUUUAUAAAGGUCAAGGUGUUGAUCAACCUUACUUGUUAAUUGCUGCCCUUAUUUCUGUUCCUAUUAUGCUUUUAGCUAAGCCAAUUAUUCAUUAAAUGUAGCACAAUUCUCAUUAAUAACACUAAAAUGCCGAAGGAUUUGUUCCCUUCUAAGAUGAUAUCGAAGAAAAUAGAAGAUAAGCAGACAAUUUUAUUGAAAAAGGCCUCAAGUUACAUAAAAACGAAAAACCACACGAAUUUAGUGAAGAGUUUGUGCACUAAGUUAUCGAAACCAUUGAAUUCGUUUUAGGUUCUAUUUCUCACACAGCAAGUUAUCUCAGACUUUGGGCUUUGUCUCUUGCUCACUCUCAAUUGGCUGAAGUCUUCUUUGAAAAAACUCUUAAGGGUCAAAUCGAAUCCGGCAGCACAAUUGGAAUUUUAGUUGGAUUUAUAGUUUUUGCAAUGAUUACAUUUGCUGUAUUAAUGUGUAUGGACGUUAUGGAAUGUUUCCUCCACACAUUGAGACUUCAUUGGGUAGAAUUUUAAUCAAAAUUCUACAAAGCAGAUGGAUACCUUUUCAAGCCCUUCUCAGUAAACAACGUUUUAUCUGUUGCUGCUGUAGAAAAGAGAUAUUGA